AUGACGCCUGAGGAGCAGGCUGAAUUUGCGAACGAGAUCAGGAGUUUCCCACCCCGGGACAUUGACCGUCUACACCGUGUCCUGUUCCGCCUGCAGGAGGAGCUUGUCGAGUUUACGCCGACCGCCAUCCAGAGAGAGUACCACGCAAUAUGCUCCGAGGAUCAGCACACAGUACAUCCUGGCGACCCGUGCCUACGAUGGCUGCUAGACCUUCUCGAGACCGACUCUCAGACCCCCUUGAACGAGAAAUUUCUCGACGUCCUGCAAGAAGCGAACAUUGUACUGACCACUGAUGGAACCACGACCGACGGUGGGACAGACCCCGAUGCUCCUGCGCAGCCUCCGGCUGUCAAUAGAUUGCCCGAAAUAUCUGUCCGGGCAGAGUCUCCUGAUUCACUCAAUGAAAACGACCCGCUUUGGCAAGAAGCCGUGGCUCUUGAUAACAGGAAGCUAGCAUCUCAAGCACUUGAACAAUGGCGGCACAAGCUACACUUGAAAAGAGAAGCAUACUUGGAUUACGAGGAUCCGGAAAUGAAUGCUAUUGCGGACGAGUUUUACGCACGAAAGUUGGCCAAUAAAACGCUGUCCCACUGGCACAAUACUGUCCUCGAAAUCCGCGAGAUGGAAAGGGUGGGAGAUGAGUUUCGAGCGAGACACGAUGCUGCCUUUGCACUCAGACAGUUGACGCUAGCAGCUCGCGAAAGACUUUUUGUACGGGUGUCCGAUGAAAACGUGCUACGCAGAGUGCUCGGGAAAUGGCGAGAAAAGACUAGGCAUCUGCGCGAGCUGGAAGCUGCUGCGGAUGACUUUCGGAAUCAUCAGGUGGUGAGAAAUGUAUUGGGAAAAAUGGCGGCAAAGAAGGCCGAAAUACAUCAGGCCGACAGCCAAGCUGUGUUGCUGUACCAAGGUAAUCUUGCCCGGCGGGUCUUUAACAGAUGGCUCUCGCAGCUGCAGCAAAUACAGACUAAUGAGAGACGAGCGGAUGCUGCAGCCGAAUACUUCGCCAGCAAGCAUGCCCUCCAGAAAUGGCGGGAUAAAACUCGGGAAUUGCGAGAGGAAAAGAGAGCACAGGAAGCACGUCACCAUCUGCUCGCCACCAAGUACUUCCGCAAGUGGAAGGAGUGCACCAAACGAAGCAAGGAAGAGAAGUACGCGGAUGCUUACAAGAUCAUGAGGAGGAAGGUCAAGAUCAACAUCGCCCGAGCUGCCCUGAACAUCUGGCGAGAGAAGACUGCUCGCAUCCGCGAGAUGAACAUCACGGCUGACGAGUUUCGAGCAAGAAAGGACGUCGAGAACGCUAGACACAUGGCACACGGCGCAAUUGUCACAAUGUACAACAAAACUACCGAAAUGCAAGAAGCCGGUCGUCAGGCGGACCAUUUCUACAACAAGAACCUCAUUGAGCGGUUGGAGAUUUUCGGCUCAACCUGGCUCAUUCCAACCAGACAAAUACUGGAAAAUCAGAAAAGAGCAGAUGAAUACCGUGCCACAAGGACCGCCAGCUACGCACUUGCAACACUGAGGAAUUGGAGAAAUGCCGCAUUCAGAUUCAAAAGACUCGAAGAGGAUGCUGAUGUCGUCUUCCUGCGGAAUGAGAAGAAAAGGGCACUUUCAUUCUUCCAAAAAUGGAGAAGAGCUGCGGCUGAAAGCCGAGGAGUGGCAGAAGAACAACGUGAAGAACGUCUAGUGCCAGCAACACCUGCAGCAAGAAGGAGUCAGCUGCUUGCGUCCACUACGCCAGCAUAUACCCCAGCUGCUGGGCUGUUCGGCGGCGGUGCAGUUGUUGAGGAGGAUGGCGAAGAUGCAUGA